UUGAGAUUCACUUCAACAGUCAUCAGUCUCAGAGGAGGAAAGCUCAAAACAUCAGCGAGCUAUGGAAGAAGAAUCGAUCACCGCAAUGAACCAGCAGCAACGAUCACAUCUCCUCCACGCUUCAUCGCGCUUCUCCCCUCCUCUAGGCUUGAAAUUCUCCUACGGCACCGCCGGGUUCAGAGCCGAUGCCUCGCUGCUGGAGUCCACAGUCUUCCGCAUGGGAAUAUUGGCUGCACUUAGGUCCGUUCAGACCGGUUCCACGAUCGGCCUCAUGAUCACCGCAUCCCACAAUAAGGAAUCCGAUAAUGGGGUCAAAGUCGCGGAUCCUUCCGGUGGCAUGCUCUCCCAGAGCUGGGAGCCCUUUGCAGACGCCCUUUCAAAUGCUCCCGACGCGCAGUCCCUUGUCCAGUUGAUAGAAUUUUUCGUGAGGAAGGAAAGCAUUUCACUCGAUGGAGUUUGUAAGGCGGAGGUUCUGUUGGGAAGAGACACUAGGUCUAGUGGAGUUUCUCUUUUGGAAGCGGCCAAAGAAGGAAUAGCUUCGAUCAUGGGAGCCAAGGCCACAGAUAUGGGAGUAGUGACCACUCCUCAACUGCACUGGAUGGUUCGUGCCAAAAAUAAAGGAAUUGAAGCAUCGGAAUACAAUUAUUAUGAGCAACUUUUGACAUCUUUUAGGUGCUUGUUGGAUUAUAUUCCUGAAGGAAAUAAAAGCAAGAAUGCAGGGGGCAAAGUGGCGGUUGAUGGAGCUGAUGGUGUGGGUGGACAAAAGCUUGAAAAAUUGACAAGCAAGUUGAAUAAUUUAACAAUUAAUGUUCGUAACUGUGGUGAUGGUGUACUCAAUGAAGGUGUGGGUGCUGAUUAUGUUCAGAAAGAGAAGGUGGUUCCACGAGGUUUUGGUCCUGCUGAUGCAGGCAUAAGGUGUGUCAGUUUGGAUGGAGAUGCUGAUCGGCUUGUAUACUUCUGUGUUUCGUCAAAUAGUAACAACAUCGAGCUUGUUGAUGGUGACAAGAUAUUGUCCUUGUUUGCUCUAUAUCUGAAGGAGCAAUUAGGUUUACUUGUGGGACCUCAAAAUGAGAAAUCAAAUAGCAGUUAUCAACCCCAUCUUGGUGUAGUACAGACAGCUUAUGCUAAUGGUGCAUCCACUGAUUACCUGAAAAAGUUGGGUCUAGAAGUUGUGUUGACUCCAACAGGUGUCAAAUACCUCCAUGAAAAAGCUGCUGAGUAUGAUAUUGGCAUCUAUUUUGAGGCAAAUGGACAUGGAACAAUUUUGUUUUCAGAUAGUUUCCUUUCCUGGUUGGAGACUAGGAAUAAAGAUCUUUCAUCAACAUCAAAAGGUUCAGAUCAACACAAGGCCACUGUGAGACUAUUAGCUACCAGUAAAUUGAUUAACCAGGCUGUUGGUGAUGCAUUAAGCGGGUUCCUUCUAGUGGAGGCUAUCUUGCAACAUAUGGGAUGGACAUUCCAAAAAUGGAUUGAACUGUAUCAUGACUUACCUAGCAAACAACUUAAGGUAAAGGUUGCCGACAGAACUGCCAUCAGUACUGCAAAUGCAGAGACUGUAGUGGUAAACCCUGUGGGUCUACAAGAAGCCAUUGAUUCUGAAAUAGCUAAAUAUUCCCAUGGGAGGUGUUUUGUACGGCCUUCAGGAACAGAGGAUGUCGUAAGAGUAUAUGCUGAAGCAUCGACGCAAGAAGCUGCAGACAAUCUAGCUCAUUCCGUGGUCAAGCUUGUUGAUCAGUAUCUCGGCGCUUCCAACAGCUGAUGCAUCGAUCCGUGCCUUAGGAUACAGAUUUCCUGCUGUUUUGAGGAGUGCUUGCCUUCAAUGCUGCCAUUGAAUUCAGGCAAUAUAUUUUUCUAACAUCGAAAAAUGAAGAAACCACAGGUUUGACUAGUUGUGAUAAGGUGGGAAUUAAUAAUUUGAGAGAGUGAAUGUGUCGGCAGGCAGACAAAUUGUAACGAUCAUAUGUAUUGAUUGAAUGUUUAGUGUCAAAAAUUGAUGUUGUAGGUGGAAUGUUAAUUUUUGUUACUGUUGGAUCAAUCAUUCAAACCAAGUCAGAUCUUUGUAUGUAUCCUUCUCAACUACUCGCUCCGUCCUAUAUAAUUUGUUCCUAUUUUAUAUUUUCGUUCGUCCAA